GUGAUUGUUGUGAAGAUGGCGGAGGGGGAGACAGAGAAGGAAUAUGACACACGGAAAGCUAUCGAGGAGCUCCGAGGGCGCUUCCAGGGUUUGACCACAGCUUUGAAAGAGAGCUCACAGUCUCCGUUGGAAGCCUCUCUGCAUUUCUGCCAGGAGUUUUGCCAGGUCCUUGUGGAGCAUGCUGGCCGUUGGAAAACUGAUGAGGAUCCACUGCCUUUGCUGGAGGUCUACACUGUGGCUAUCGUCAGCUUUGCGCAGGCCGCCUCCUGUCUCUCCUCUGAAUGUGAAAACGUGCCACUCCUACUUGAAAAGUUAGCACUGAGCUGUGCAGAGCUGCUGCUCUUACUGCCCCAGCAUGUCCCUAUUGCCUUAUGGGAGGAGUUUCAGUCCUCCAUGAAGUCGGCACACAGCCUUUUGCAAGACAGCGGGAGCACGCAGCUUUACCAGCUCUCAGUUCUGGCGCAGCAAGAUGGCGUCUGGUCCAACACCACGUUAAGCAGCAUCCUGUCCAAUCAGACUCCUCAACCCGAACAAGUUCAUGAGUAUCUUGAGUUGGAAGGCCCCACGCUUCUCAACAUGAGGAUCAAGCAUCUUAUCAAAGUGGACAGAGCUGAUAAAGCUGCUGUCCUCGCAAAGAUGUGCUCCGAGUAUCCGGGAUAUGAAGGAAAAGGAAACUUUAAGCAGACUUACUUGCUUUGCAUCUGUAUGACAAAAAGUCAGGAGCAGCUAAUGGAGGAGAUCGCAUCAAUAGACUGUAAAGAUGCUCUUGAAAUGAUCUGCAACUUGGAGUCAGAGGGAGACGAGAAAGGAGCUCUCUGCGUAUGUUCUGCCUUUCUCAAGCGUCAGCUUCUCCAAGGGGAUGUCUACUGUGCCUGGGAGCUCACACUGUUCUGGAGUAAGCUACUAAUGCGGUUGGAGUCUUCGGCUGAUGCAUUCCUUGGACACAGCAAAGAGAUGGCUCUUCUCUGCAGAAGUGUCUGUCAUAUUCUGUUUCUCAUCAAAGUCAUCCAAAAUGAGCUUGGAGAGGUGGGACUUCCAGUGUGUGUGGAAAUGUGCAUUCAAGCUUUGAAAAUGACCUCCAGUGACCAUAAGGAUAGCAAGUCUACUAUCUGCAAGACUAUUUCCUGCCUCUUGCCAACAGAUCUCGAAGUGAAACGUGCAUGCCAGCUUACUGAGUUCCUCCUACAGCCUACCAUUGACUCGUAUUAUGCCGUAGAGUCACUAUACAAUGAACCAGACCAAAAGCCUGAGGAGGAUGGGAGUCUACCAGUGCCCAAUUCUUUACGAUGUGAGUUACUGCUGGCCUUGAAGACACAGUGGCCUUUUGAUCCAGAGUUCUGGGACUGGAAAACACUGAAACGCAACUGCUUGGCACUAAUGGGAGAGGAGGCAGCUAUUGUGUCAUCUAUAGACACACUCAACGACACGGACGAACAGGAGGUGGAAAGUGCAAUCGGCAAACUCCCUGAAUACAGAGACUUGGAGGAUUUUCUGUUAACCACUACAAAUGAACUCAAUGAAAUCACAGAUGAAAGAGAAAAAAACAGAGAGGCGAAGAAACUUCGGGAGCAGGGUUUUGUGUCUGCUCGUUUCAGAAAUUGGCGAGCUUACAUGCAGUAUUGUGUUUUGUGCGACAAAGAAUUCUUGGGUCACAGAAUUGUUCGCCACGCACAGAAGCAUUUCAAAGAUGGAGUGUAUCUCUGUCCAAUUUGUGCUGACAGUUUUGAAAGUAGGGAGGUUUUAGAGCCACAUGUAGCAUCACAUGUAAAGCAAUCGUGCAAAGAGAGACUAGCAGCAAUGAAAGCAGCUAGGAAGGUAACCAAACCACCUCAGUCCCCUAAAAGUCCGUCAAAAAGUCCUAAAGUUGCUGCGAAGAUGAGUAUUAGUCCUGUUAAAAUGGAAUCUCAAGUUACUGAACAAUUGGCAACACCUGUUAAAAUAGAACAAACAACAUCUGACACAAACAUUAGUCAAGACUGUUUCUGUCCGGUCAAAAAUUGUUCAAAGGCUUUCAAGUUUUUCCGUAACCUCAUGGCUCACGUCAGAUCUCACAAGGAUGACGAGGAAGCCAUGAGAUUUUUAGAGAUACAAAAGCAGAAAGUGGUGUGUCAGUAUUGCAGGCGGCAGUUUGUCAAUGUCAGACAUCUGAAUGAUCACUUGCAGAUGCACUGUGGUAGCAAGCCGUACAUCUGUAUACAGUUGGAUUGCAAAGCCAACUUUAACUCCAAUUCUGAGCUUCUAAUGCAUAGAAAAAUACAUUCUGAGUUUAAGGCCCAGUGUAUGUUCCCCAACUGUGGCCAAGUUUUCAGUGAGGCCUACCUGUUGUACGAUCACGAGGCACAGCACUACCUUACAUACACCUGCCAAACAGAUAACUGUGGCAAAAUAUUCUACUCGCAGUCUCAAUUCUUGUCUCACCAACAGAUUCAUAGUACAAAUGGUGCAAACUGUUUGCCUAUCAGUAAUCAAAAUCCUCCUGUCACUCCAAGAGUAGAGGCACCACUCCAGAGCCCCCCACUUAGAGAAAACCCAAGUUCUGCAGUUGUCAGCCCUGAAAGUAUAAAGACAGAUGUAUAUAUGAAGGAGGUGGCAAAUGCAAACACAUCACCAUGUACAUCUCCUGAGGUUGCUAUAGACGCAGUUUCUCAGAAAGUUAAACACUCGAUUGAAAGCAUGAUGAGUUCUGAAGGAGAGCCAGAAAUCCAAGAACCAGAGAAAUGCUAUACUCCUUUAACAAACCCCACUCCAGCAGCUGAGGUGAACCCAGCACCAGAGCCUCCCCAUGUGCCCCCUAAUGAGGCUGGGCAAAGUGAAAACCCUCCAGUGUACCCUGUACACAUUUCAACAAAUCCUGCAGCAAGUCAUCAGAGAGAAGGGCUUAAUAAUGUUCAGUGCAAUGAAUUUAAAAACGUGAAUCCGCCAAUCAUUUCUCCAAGUCAUAUAAAGACAGAAAUCCCUUCUUCACUGCAAGGCUAUCCUUCGAGCACACCUGCUGUGACUGCUGGCAAUGAGGAGAACCUGCAUUGCUGCCCUUAUAGUGAGUGUACAAGGGCAUACAGUACAAACAAAAGUCUAUCCAGGCAUGUGAAGAAGCAACACCCUGAAAUAUUUGAGGACUGGAAAUUGGCAAAGAAAUAUAACAAGGUGGCCAGAAUUACUGCAAAAAAGGCACCAAGUGGGCUGGCUUCACCAAGUCAGCGUCAGAACCUGGGGAAUAGGUCUCCAAAUCAGCCAGGAAUACUAUGCAACAAACCUGGGAUGCAGCAAAUGGAUUACCAAACGGGAUGUUCAAGCUCGCCAGCUCAGUGUUAUGCUGGAUCAAUGGAGCCUGUGCCUAUCACUCCAAUGGUGAACCCAACACUGUACCCAUCGUGGGGAAGCCAAAAUAAUCCAAGUGGAAUGAUGCAGGCCGACAUGUCCCAGUCAUGGUCUUCACCUCCCAUGAACAACUGUUAUCCAGAGGCCUUCAACAUGAAUGAGUUCCCCUCUCGGGGCUAUCCUAAUUGGCAGCCAGACCCUUAUCAGAACACAGUGCCCCCGCCACCUGAUAGAGAUCAUUCAAUGGCAGCUAUGCACGGUUCUACCAUGUCACAUGGGCCUUCGGAUUCAAGUUUGAUGUCACAGUACGUGUCCAGUUCUCUGAUGCUUGACAAUGGAGGGCAAAUGCAUAAUGGAGGGCAACAGUAUGGAGUAAUAAAUCCAGAGGGCAGUGGAGACAGAAAAGCUAAUACAAAUUUGACAAACCAGUUGGAUAAUGGAAACAGUAUCUCAACAAUUGACAGCCUGCCUGAAGGAAGCUACCACACUCCAUAUGCUCAAAGUGAAAACUCUUGUCUUACUCAAGGUUCUUCGGUUGAUAUUCCCAUGAAAUCCCUGAGCCCAGAGGCCCAACUUCCAUUGAAAGUGAGAAAUGAAAUAGUUAAAACUGAGAAUAUGUCCACUCCUGGUUAUGAACAGAUGGACAACUCGGUAGAUGGCAUGCUCAGCCCCCAAAGUGUCACUCAAGGAGAUUUCUCUUUAGAUGAGGAAUGUCCAAAUGCUGACUGUGAGGAUAACGUCUCAGAUGAUAAGGCUGGUGAACCUGACGUGCAAAAGGGCAAACGCAGUAGGUUGAGCAAACGAACGAAAUGGCCGGCAAUCAUUAAGGAUGGUAAGGUCAUCUGUAGGAGGUGCUUCAGAGAGUUCACGAGCACCAAGUCUCUCGGAGGUCACUUGUCUAAACGCUCACAGUGCAGGCCCGUAGACGAAAUCGAUCUUACGGCUGAACUGCCAACAUCUUUCCUUGAUUUUCUCAAUGACCCCCAUGUCCCUGACACUAAUGGAGCAAUAUUCAACGUGGCAAAUGGGGAUUUCUCACAGGAAUCGUGUAGCUUGACCACUUUGUCUUCACCCAUGGCAUUGAAACAAGAGCCACAAUACACAAACAUAAUGGAUUAUUCAAACUCCUUAACUGUUACCCCUGAAACCCAGCCAGAGAAGGCAGGAGAGUUGGCAAACCCAGCUCUUGCUGCACCUUAUCAAGAAGAUCACUUGAUGGAAAUUUCACAUGCCUUUCAAAGGCUUGAUUUGAUUGAGGCUGCACAAGAGAAGAUGCGGAACGCUCUGUUAUUAGAACAAAAUAUCAGUCAUAGCAAAGCAGCCCCUGAUGUUGAAAAAAGAAAAAUACUUGGUAAGAGUGAUGACAAGCCCUCUGAAAAGGUGCCCAAGCCUUUCAAGUGUGACCAAGAUGACUGUGAGUACUCAUUCAUGACUAAGGAGGCAUUGUUUAAACACUUGUGUAGAAUGCAUGAUUACACAAAUGAGAUGAUAGAAGAACUUAAAAGAACCCCAUCUAAACUGUCGCCUUAUCCCUGUCAGAUUUGCCCCAAAACAUUCACGAGAACAACAGGUUUGAGAAUUCACUAUGAAAAAGUCCAUCGAUUGUCAAAGGUAGAAAUGCAGAAGCUAAAGAUCAGUGCUCGUAACAGGCGUGCUUUUAGACUUAACAAAGACAACGUGUUAGUAAGCAGUGCAACCAGUAAUGCCAAUAACAGUAACACUACACAAUCUGCAGUACCAAUAUUACUUGCAAUUAAACAGGAACCACUUGACAUUGCAAUUGCUACUCAAACCGACAAUGAGAACAAUCUAGAAGUUACUCAGCUCACUUCACCAGAAAAUGCAGUUAAACAGGGUUUCACACCAGAAGUAUCGACUGUUACAAGACUACCAUCACCUGAAAGCUUUUUAUCUGAGCGGUUGAUUGGUGAGGUGGCACCCUCUGUUCUUGAAAAGUCCCCUGAUCGACAGAGAGUGGCUGUUGUAAACAAGAGUCCAAAUGUGAAAAAGAAAUCCACUUUAAAAAUGAAACUCAGUCCGGUUGGGAAAGCAAAAGAGCACCAAGGGCGAUCAGACGCAGCAUUAAGCAAAGAAAAAGAGCCAAAGUCCAGCCCCGCUUCUGCAUCAGCUUCAUCCUCCCCAGAAAAACCCGGCAGCUCUAAAAACACGCCAACGAAGGAUGAAUCCCAGAGAAAACAGAAACAUCAGAAAAGGUUGAGCCUCCAAAUGUGUGAUGUAGACGCUUUCAGCCCAUAUAGACCAUAUCGCUGUGUUCAUGAAGGAUGCACUGCUGCAUUCACUAUUCAGCAAAAUUUGAUUUUGCAUUACAGGGCCAUGCAUCAGGCAUCUCUGCCUGCUAGCAAACCUGAAGUUGAAGCUGAAGCUGAAACUGAAACGACUAGUGUUGAAAAUGGACAGGCAAGCCAUCAGAGCAUAAGCAAAGAUGAUGAGGUCAGGUGUCAGGUGAAAGACUGUUCAAGGGUGUUCAUUGGAAUCACAAGGUUAAUCCAGCAUUACCUCUUACUCCACAAGUUUACCCGUGAUAAAGCCACCUCUAUGAUGGCCAGCAUGACCAUAGGGACUUUCAACUGUGAUCGGCCGGAGUGUGCUCUCCCCUUUGACUCAGUGGAAAAGUAUGUGGAGCACAUAAAGAAUUUUCACAAGGAGAUAGCUAUCUCUGAGAGCGGCUCAGUUGAUCAAACUUUCAAGUGCGAGUAUAUGGGAUGCGACCGUGUCUACACUACAAAAUCAAACCUCCUCCGUCACCUCAUAAAAAAGCAUGAAUACGUUUAUGAUCCUAAAGCAAGUGACGGAAGACGGACGAAAUCAGCAGGGCUCUUUCCAGGAGUUAAUGGGAAAGAGAAUGUGGAGAGCAAAUUCAAAGGGAAGAAGAAAAACACUAAAAAGAAAGAUGUGAAGUCCAUUGAACACUGGACUCAUUUUGGGAAGCCUAAACUAAAAUCCCACGAGGACGCAUCAGCCAUGUGCAUCAAGAAGUUUUCCCUGCAGUACCCAUGCAUGAUAAUAGGCUGCGAUGCUGUUGAGCGGGCAGAGAGAAGUAUAUUCAAGCAUUACACCACACAUGGCCUCACAGAAAGAUACAUUGAAGAUCAGAGGAGCCAGUUCAUUUAUUGUAAAAAGUACUCCCGUUCCAGAUUCAAGGAUACAAACAAAUCUGAGGGCGCAUCAACCUCCUCUUCUGAGGAGACAGAGCCAGAAGACGCAGAAAAAUCAAGUGACCAGAAAUCAGAUGAGCUCGUGGAUAGAAUAGGCCAAGAAGACAGCAAGCUGUCAAACGACGAUAGUGCAGAAUCUCAAGCUUCCACCGGGACAGAUGGUGGCAUUAAAAGAGGCCGUCCCAGGAAACCGGCACGUCCUACACCAGCUUGUCCAGAGAGGAUCCAGUCUCUAAGAAAUCGUACGACUGUUAACAGUUCAAGAGAGAACUCAAAUCCUGGUACACCUACAGCCCAAGAACAACCUGAUGAAGGGGUUAAUCAAGGUGCUUUCAAGCCUCUUGGGCUUGAGGACUCAUUCCUUAAGUUCUUGGAAACCUCAGAGUCAACCAACUCUUCCAAACGCAAAUUAAAUGACAAACCAAGUGCUGAACUGCCGUCCAAAAGACACCAAACACACAAACAGAGAUCUACAAUGAGAAGUAGAAUAAGUCAUGAGUUUAGAGGCUACGAAAACCUUGUAGAGUUCAGAAAUCCCCUUAAUCUUACAUCAGUUAGCAAUGUCAAGAUUGUCAUGGACAAAACACUUUCAGAAGGUGCUGAUCUUUUGCUAAAGCAGCUACAAUACAUGAAGCCCACGGUCAUAAUAAAAAAGUGGCUUUAUAGCGGAUCAUAGCCCAACAUUUUGUGUUCAACUCAAUCUCACUCAGGAUUUGAGAUGUUAUGCUGCAGAAUGGUUUGUUAAUGCAUCAGAUUUCCAACUGAUAAAAGUAACAGUCACGGUUAACAAUAAAAUGGCCUAUUUUGUACUUUAUGAAAAACUGUCUUGGAUGAUUUUAAGUAUGUAUGUUAGUUAUAAUAACCAGGUAACCUAUAGGGCAUAGAUUUUAGAAACAUGUUUGUAUUUAUGCUUAGUACUGAAGAUGUUUUUUUCUUUUGCUAAAUGGAGACUUUUAAAGAAAAAUGUUUUUAUAUAUCCCUAUGGGAUUUCAAGUUCUGUUUGUAUUUAUUUUAUCCUUUUUCAACACUAGUAGACCUAUCUGUAAUAUUUACAUGUCUUCCACAAAGUGUUCAAUAAACUGUUACUGGUUCUUUUUGUAAA